GGCCGCCCCAGUGAAUCAUGUGGUGCCGGGGGAGGAAGUGCGGCUUGUUUUCUUUCCUCCAGUCGCCGGGCUCCGGGUGGAGUGCGAUGCGUGGAGACCCCCGCGGGGGCGGCGGCUGCCGCGAGUCCCGAUGAGGCCCGAGCGCUCCCGGCCGCGCCGCAGCGCCCCCGGACAGAUGGAGGCUCCGCCGUGGGACCCCCUGCGCAACGACUCGCUGCCCCCUACGCUGACCCCCGCCGUGCCCCCUUACGUGAAGCUCGGCCUCACCAUCGUCUACACAGUGUUCUACUCGCUGCUCUUCGUGUUCAUCUACGUGCAGCUCUGGCUGGUCUUGCGCUACCGCCACAAGCGGCUCAGCUACCAGAGUGUCUUCCUCUUUCUCUGCCUCUUCUGGGCCUCUCUGCGGACGGUCCUCUUCUCCUUCUACUUCAAAGACUUCGUGGCGGCCAACGCGCUCAGCCCCUUCGUAUUCUGGCUGCUCUAUUGCUUCCCCGUGUGCCUCCAGUUCUUCACUCUCACGCUGAUGAACUUGUAUUUCACGCAGGUGAUUUUUAAAGCCAAGUCAAAAUAUUCUCCAGAAUUACUCAAAUACCGGUUGCCCCUGUAUCUGGCCUCACUCUUCAUCAGCCUCAUUUUCCUCCUGGUGAAUUUAACCUGCGCGGUGUUGGUGAAGACAGGAAGCUGGGAGAGGAAGGUCAUCGUCUCCGUGCGCGUGGCCAUUAACGACACGCUCUUCGUGCUCUGCGCUGUCUCCCUGUCCAUCUGUCUCUACAAAAUCUCCAAGAUGUCCUUAGCCAACAUUUACUUGGAGUCCAAGGGCUCCUCCGUGUGUCAGGUGACUGCCGUUGGUGUGACCGUCAUCCUGCUCUACACCUUCCGAGCCUGCUACAACCUGUUCAUCCUCUCCUUCUCCCAGAGCAAGAAUGUCCAUUCCUUUGAUUACGACUGGUACAACGUGUCAGAUCAGGCAGAUCUGAAGAAUCAGCUGGGAGAUGCUGGAUACGUGGUGUUUGGCGUGGUCCUUUUUGUGUGGGAACUCUUACCUACCACCCUAGUCGUUUACUUCUUCCGAGUCAGAAAUCCUACGAAGGACCUUACCAACCCUGGAAUGGUCCCCAGCCAUGGAUUCGGCCCCAGAUCUUACUUCUUUGACAACCCUCGAAGAUACGACAGUGAUGAUGACCUUGCCUGGAACAUCGCCCCUCAGGGACUUCAGGGAAGUUUUGCUCCAGACUACUAUGAUUGGGGACGACAGACUAACAGCUUCCUGGCACAAGUAGGAACUUUACAACCAGACUCAGCUUUGGAUCCUGACAAACCAAGCCAUGGGUAGCAUCAGUUAAAAGUUUAAUGGAAGAUUCCUCAGUUGAAAAGCUUCAGAGAGACUAACUUAAUGACAGCUGAAUUUUUAGGGCACAUUUUUUUGUUACAGGUUUCUGAUGGCUACAUUGAACUAAGCAAUAAUUUUAGAUUGAGAAAACCUUAUUUUAGUACUAAAAAGUGAGCCUGGCUGCCUACUUCAGUGAGUGUAACUUAAAACUUUAAAAAAAAAUUCUGUACUUUUAUAAAGAUGUAUUUUAUAUAACUUAAUAAUGCUAAAAUAUACUAGGUUUUUUUUUUUGAGAAUGUCAUUGCAAUAUAUGUUGUAGUUUGCACAGACUUUUAUGCAUAAUUCACUUUAAAAGUAAUCAAUAUGUGGUCUGAUGGUAUUUUAAGGCUUUUGGACUAUAAAGUAUUCCUCAAAUCCUUACCUCUUCAGGUCACUCCGAUUCUGAGCUCCAUCGUGCUUAGAUUCUAAGUACAGCUGACAUCCAGAAAGCCAAUUGCAACUCCACUGCGGAAAGUUAUGAUGUAGCAGGACGUCAGCAGACUACAUAGCAGAUAAUUGGCUCUGUAGAGUUGUUUAAAGCCCAGGUGGGUGGCCCCUCAAAGAAGCUCCUCAAUUUUGCCAAAAUUUAGUACUCCUUUCAACAGGGAGUUAAUAUUUACCCUUCGGUGUUGAGACUGUUAGAAAACAUUGAUAGGACUGACUCACACUAUUAAACCUCUUCUGCUAUAUUCAGA